AUGUGGCCGGGUAUUAUUGAGAAGGCGAAGGAAGGAGGAUUGGACGUGAUUGAGACGUAUGUAUUUUGGAAUUACCAUGAGCCUGUCAAGGGACAGUACUAUUUUGAAGGGCGGUUCGAUUUGGUUAAGUUUGUGAAGACAGUGCAAGAUGCUGGAUUGUUUGUACAUCUUCGUAUUGGCCCAUAUGCGUGUGCUGAAUGGAAUUACGGAGGAUUCCCUCUUUGGUUACAUUUCAUUCCUGGAAUUCAAUUCCGUACGACAAAUGGUCCUUUUCAGGCAGAAAUGGAACUUUUUCUUGCUAAAAUCGUCGACUUAAUGAAGGAGGAAAAUCUUUUUGCAACACAAGGAGGCCCGAUCAUUCUGGCUCAGGUUGAGAACGAGUAUGGUAAUGUCGAGUGGGCUUAUGGUGUUGGUGGAGAGCUAUAUGUAAAAUGGGCAGCACAAACCGCUCUAAAUUUUAAUAUUUCUGUUCCAUGGGUGAUGUGCUCACAAGAAGAUGCACCCGAUCCAAUUAUAAAUACAUGUAAUGGGUUCUAUUGUGAUACUUUCGUACCAAAUUCUCCUUCAAAACCGAAGAUGUGGACGGAGGACUACACUGGAUGGUUUCUUUCAUUCGGGUAUCCUGUUCCUUACCGACCAGUUGAAGACCUGGCUUUUGCUGUUGCACGUUUUUUCCAGAAAGGAGGCACUUUUCAUAACUAUUAUAUGUAUUUUGGUGGAACAAACUUUGGACGAACAGCUGGAGGUCCUCUAGUUGCUACCAGUUACGAUUAUGAUGCUCCUAUAGAUGAAUAUGGAUUUAUUAGGCAGCCGAAAUGGGGUCACCUUCGAGACCUACAUAUGGCAAUAAAACAAUGUGAAGAAUAUUUGGUAAAUGGAGAUCAAACUCAUCAAUCUCUUGGUAUAAACUUAGAGGCAGAUAUAUACCAUAGAACAGCCAACAAUUGUGCAGCUUUUCUUGCAAAUUAUGGUAGCAGUUUAGAUGCAAAUGUUACAUUUAAUGGUAAAGUAUAUUUUCUCCCAGCAUGGUCCGUAAGCAUCCUUCCAGAUUGUAAGACUGUUAGUUUUAACACAGCAAAGGUUGCCGGUAAGAAAAGUGUCGGUGAUUCUACAAUCUCUCCCAGUGCCAGUGUGAGUGAACUUUCGCUCUCAAAUUCACCUUGGAGUUGGUAUUUAGAAAAAGUGGGUAUUUGGAGUAACGAUUCGCUCACGGCGAACAAUUUGCUAGAGCAAAUAAAUACUACAAAAGACACAAGUGAUUUUCUAUGGUACACUACAAGCAUAGAAGCAGAUGAAAAGAAAGAUGCAUUUUUGCUCAUUGAGAGUUUGGGUCAUGCAGCUCUGGUUUUCUUAAACAAAAAAGUUUUAGCAUUUGGCUAUGGUUAUCAUGAUGACGCAAGCUUUAACAUAAGUGAAAAGAUUAGCCUUGAGCAAGGAAACAACACACUGGAUAUAAUUAGUAUGAUCAUCGGUGUACAGAACUAUGGUCCAUGGUUUGAUAUCAUGGGAGCAGGCCUAUAUACAGUCAUCCUUGCUGAUCUGAAGAAUGUUAAAAAGGACUAUUCGUCUAAUGAGUGGACUUACCAGGUGGGAACUGAAGGCGAAAGCCUUGGACUUGAUAGAACAGAUCUUGCUAAUAGUUCCCUAUGGACGCAGGGUAGCUCGAUCCCUAUUAAUCAAAGUCUAAUUUGGUACAAGUCCACAUUUGUUGCCCCUGAUGGGAAAGGUCCACUAUCACUGAACCUUGCUAGUAUGGGGAAAGGUCAAGCAUGGGUCAACGGUCAAAGUAUAGGACGAUAUUGGUCUACUUACCUUUCACCAAAAACAGGUUGUACUGAUAAGUGUGACUAUAGGGGAAGUUAUGAUGCACAAAAAUGUCAAAAGAAAUGUGGCCAACCUGCUCAGAUAUUAUAUCAUGUACCGCGAACAUGGGUCCAUUCUGGUGAGAACUUGCUUGUUCUUCAUGAAGAGCUUGGUGGUGACCCUUCAAAAAUAUCUGUGAUGACAAGGACCGAGCAGGUGGUAUGUAGCCAUGUCUCAGAGUAUGAUUCCAUUCCAGUUGACCUCUGGAAACCAAACUCUGAUUCCAGUUCUCAAACCCCUGAAGUUCAAUUAACGUGUGACCAAGGCUGGAAAAUUGCAUCAGUUCAUUUUGCCAGCUUUGGAAAUCCAAAAGGAGAUUGUGGCAUGUUUGCUCAAGGCAGUUGUCAUGCAGAUGUAUCGUCUGCUGUUGAACAGGCUUGUAUCGGGAAGCAAAAGUGUUCAGUUCCUGUUUCAGCGGCAAAGUUUGGCAACCCGUGUCCGGGUGUAGUUAAAAGCUUGGCAGUUGAAGCUCUAUGCAGUGCCUGAAACACACACUUUGUGAUUCAUAGUACUAUUUAUAGCUUUUUAUUUUUGUGAUGUUGUAACUACUGUAGUU